UCUACUGCGCAUGCGUGGAACGCGCCCUGCACCGACGCGUCCCUUCGGGGGGCAGGACGGCGUGCAGCUCAAAGUCCUCUCUCCGCAGAGACAGCCAUGGCCGAGCCCCCCGCCGUCAUAUGGCGGCACGACGUGCAGCGCCUGCUGCGGUACAGAGAGCUGGUCCCCCGCCUGGAGGAAGCUCUGGGGAAGUUCUCCACACGCGACAGUGCCGAGGUGAUCCAGCCCGUGCGCACCACCCUCCCCCUGCAGAAACACCACGGCUUCCUGGGGUCAAUGCCGACGUACAUGGAAAACGACGGCGUCCUCUGCACCAAGCUGGUGUGCUUCUACCAGAGGGAGGCGGGGUCGACUCUGCCCGCCACUCAGGCCACUGUGAUCCUGCUGGACCCGGAGUGCGGGAACGUCAAAGCUGUCAUCGACGGGGAGGAGGUCACAGGAAUGAGGACCGCUGCCGUCUCCGCCAUCUCCGCUAAGCUGCUGAUGAGCCCCGGGGCCCAAGUGUUGGCCAUCCUGGGCACCGGAAAACAGGCCCUGAGCCACUACCACAUCUUCACCGAGAUGUUCCCGUUCAAAGAGGUGCGCGUGUGGAGCCGCACCAGCGAGGGAGCGGAGAGGUUCUGCCGCUCCGUCGCGGGGCCGGUGACGGCGUGCGCCUCGGCGGAGGAGGCGGUGAGGGGGGCCGACGCCAUAGUGACGGCCACCAGCAGCACGGAGCCGGUGCUCUUCGGCCGGUGGGUCAAAGCGGGGGCGCACGUGGCAGCGGUGGGGGCUUGCAGGCCGAACUGGCGGGAGCUGGACGACGCGCUGAUGAAGGAGGCCGUGGUGUACAGCGACAGCAGGGACGGAGCCAUGGAGGAGUCCGGUGACGUCGUCCUCUCUGGGGCCCAGGUGUUUGCUGAGCUCGGAGAAGUUCUCAACGGGACGAAGCCUGCACACAGAGAGAAGACCACCGUCUUCAAGUCCCUGGGGAUGGGAGUCGAAGACGCCGUGUCUGCCAAGCUGAUAUUUGAUAAAUGGAAAGCCCAGACCGGCCCACCGCGAGGUGUUUAGUUAAGGGCUUCAGUCAGAACACAGGAAGCCUCCUGAGGAACCAUCAGCACCAUUGCUGGGCAUUUUCAGUGGAACCCUGAAUUAAACUGAAAUGGUUUUCUUGCUUUUGCUGUUUUGAUUCAAUAAAAAUUCAGUGGUUGUAUCUUUGAAGCCUUUUAUGAAGGAUUUGGUAAAAGUUCUUUGCUUGGAGAGAACAUUUGGGAAAAUAGUCUUUCCUCAACUAAUCCAGGAAAGUAGUGAAACAGUGUCUUAAAGAAAUGUGUCCUAGUUAUGGCAUACAACGGAUUGCGUGGUAUAUUCCAAACGAUGCACAGUGCAAUGUGGUCAGUCUAGUUGUGCACAUUUAAUAUUAAAUACUAUCCAAAAGUUAGUGUUGUGUUUGAGAAGAGAUCAGAUUUGGUCCAAUAGUUCUGAUAUUAAGCUCAGUAUAUAGUGUGGUACCCAAAGCUGUUGUUUUGAUGUUGUCCGCACUACAACGCAGUAAACUUUAAUUAAAUACAGAUUUUAAAAUGCUCUGUGGGUGUGCAAAUAAAAACACAACUGGAUUAUUUAAUUUUUUAUAUUUUUACUUGAAUGAAAUUACAUAAACAACUUCCCUUGUGGCUUUCAUACUUCAUUUUAUCCAUCUUGAAAAAAAUAAAAAACACUCCUGUAUGACCUGGGAAA